ACAAGCUAUUCCAGUGGAUUCAUCUUACAGGGUUUCAUCACCAGCUGGCCAGAACAUGAGCAUCUCCUCCUCCAACUCUUUUUCUUCAUGUACCUGCUUACUCUACUGGGCAACCUGCUGAUUCUCCUGCUCAUCCGGCAUGAUGUCCGCCUCUAUGCAUCCCCCAUGUAUUUUUUCCUCAGCCACCUCUCAUUGGCUGAUAUGGGGUUUUCCUCCUCCACUGUCCCCAAGAUGCUACAGAAUCGACUGACUCAUAGCAGAUGGAUCUCCUACACUGGGUGCUUGUCACAGAUGUUUUUCUUCCUGGGCUUUGGAAACACUGAAAGUUUCCUCCUGGCCUGCAUGGCAUAUGACAGAUAUGUGGCCAUCUGUUGUCCACUUCGUUACGCUGUGAUGAUGAAUCCAAAAUUUUGUCUCCUGUUGGCAGAGGGUUGUUGGCUCCUGGGCUUCCUCCACUCCCUGCUCUACACUCUGAUGAUGUCUUGCCUUUCUUUCUGUGCCUCCCAGGAGAUCCCCCAUUUUUUCUGCGACCUUCAUCCCUUAAUUAAGCUGUCCUGUUCAGAUACCUCAGUGAUUCAGAUGACAACCCUCACUGAGGGAACCGUGACCAUGUUAGGGCCUUUCACAGUCACCCUUUUGUCCUAUAUCCUCAUUGUUUCCAAGGUGCUCCAGAUCCCAUCGGCUGCUGGGAAACAUAAGGCCUUUUCUACUUGCAGUGCUCACCUCACCACAGUGUUUUUGUUCUUUGGAAGUGUGAUAGCUGUGUAUGUCCGCCCCUCCUCCACCUACUCUGGUGACAAGGGCAGGGUGAUAUCCGUGGCCUACACAGUGGUGACCCCCAUGCUCAAUCCCUUCAUCUACAGCCUGAGGAACAGCAAGAUUCAGCAGUCUCUGAGGAAACGUUUUGGGAUUAAAGCUGGAAAAUGA